AUGGCCGUCCUUGCCAACUGGAAUGAUGAGAUCCGGUUUGGAGUAGCCGAUGACCUCUUCAGGAGGCCGGCUCAUGUUGCGGAGAAACAACGAGUGACCGUCGUCGGUGCCAUGCAUUCGACCACUGAAUGCAUAGUGGGCACCGGCAUCGUCAUCUCGAUGGAGAAAAUGGCUCGCGUCGUGUCCGUCGAUAUGGAAGAGCUGACUAUCACCGUCGAAGGAGGCAUGACCCUGCGACAGCUGUGUGCGUACUUGCAAGUGCUCGGCCUCCAGCCUCCUGUCGUCCUGGAAUUUGGCAAUUUCCAGAUUGGCGCCAUCAGCGGCACGCACGCCAACGACACCGCCAUGAGACGCUCUGCGCAGUUCUCGUCGUUUGUUCUCGGCGUGAAGCUGGUCACGCCAGCCGGCAAGAUCAUGGAAAUCUCAGAAUCGCAGAAUGCGGAAUACCUGCCUGCCAUUCGCUCCCAUUUUGGCAUGCUCGGCGUCGUCUGCGAGGUCACCGUGCGUGUCUUCAAGACCCAGCCGCUGCAGGUCAGUUUCCAGGUCGAGCGAAUUGACAAGUUCAUGGACAACUUUGCAGCGGAACUGCAGGCUCUAAACGGAGCCAACGACCAGGUGUUCGGGAUGCUGUUUCCGACCACCAGGAAGCUGCUCUGGCAGUGUCGCAAUUUCUUGGAUCCGGCGAUACCAAGGCCGGAUUCCCCAACGGCCUGGCUCGAUCCGAUUGAAAGCAAGAGCAUCGAUCUAUUCGCGGGUCUGUUUCUGCCCCUGGUGCAGGCCGUGACGGCGCUACGCCCCGCAACCGCCCUGAGCAAAUCGAUUAUCAAUGCGAUGGUCGACUGGCCGCUGCAUAUCAUCCGCCACAGUCGCUAUAUUGUCGAUCCAUGCGAUCGUGGCGUCAUCUACGCUAAAGACGAUCCGAACUUUGACUUCUAUGACUGGGCGUUUCCCGAGGAGAAAUGGUGCGAUAUGGUUCGGGAGUUUUUGCAUCUGAGCGACCGCUUUAAGCAGCAGUACGACUUCAUCUUGCCGUUGCCCGCAGUGGUCUACUUUAUCAAGCAGGACCAGGAGUCCCUGCUAUCGCGAUCCCGGAGUGCCAACAUGAUGACGGUUGACCCUUUGUACCCUGACCCUAGGGAUCCCACGUGGAGGGAGUUUCGCCUAGCCUUCAAUGAGGUUGCCAAGCGCCACGGCGGCAUCCCUCAUAUCAACAAGACUCGUGACGGGGCGAUCAGCAAUUUUGCCCCGGCCCACGAUGCCCACGAUCCGGGGAGCAUCCAGCAGUUUCUUCAGAUACGCCAGCAGCUCGACCCUGGUGGCAUGUUCCUCAACGACUUCUUCACGACCAUCUUCGCAAGAUUUCUCUGA